AAUGGAGGCGAUUGCCGUGGGAGUCCGUGGGCUGCGGCUUGGGCGGAUCCCUCCCCUCGGCGGGUCCCGCUGCAGAUUUAUAGCAACAUCUCCAGCUUCUCAGCUGUCACCGACCAAAUUGAUAGAAAUGCGAAAUGACCUCUUUAAUAAAGAGAAAAACAGGCAGUUGUCAUUAACUCCCCGAACUGAGAAGAUUGAAGUUAAACACGUUGGGAAAACUGACCCUGGAACUGUCUUUGUGAUGAAUAAAAACAUUUCAACUCCUUACAGUUGUGCCAUGCAUUUAAGUGAGUGGUACUGCAGGAAGUCCAUUCUAGCUCUUGUGGACGGACAGCCUUGGGACAUGUAUAAACCUUUGACCAAAUCCUGCGAAAUUAAAUUUCUUACUUUCAAAGAUCGUGAUCCAGGAGAAGUGAAUAAGGCUUAUUGGCGUUCUUGUGCCAUGAUGAUGGGCUGUGUAAUAGAGAGGGCAUUCAAAGAUGAAUAUAUGGUCAGUUUGGUCAGAGCUCCAGAAGUUCCUGUUAUCGCUGGAGCAUUCUGUUAUGAUGUAGUUUUGGAUAAUAGACUUGAUGAAUGGAUGCCAACAAAAGAGAACCUACGUUCUUUCACAAAAGAUGCUCAUGCUUUAAUUUAUAAAGAUCUUCCAUUUGAAACUCUGGAAGUUGAAGAAAAAGUGGCAUUAGAAAUAUUUCAACACAAUAAGUACAAAAUAGAUUUCGUAGAAGAGAAGGCAUCUCAGAAUCCUGAGAGAAUAGUCAAGCUACAUAGAAUUGGUGACUUCAUUGAUGUGAGUGAGGGCCCUCUUAUUCCAAGAACAAGUAUGUGUUGCCAGUAUGAAGUGUCAGCGGUUCACAAUCUUCAACCCACCCAGCCAAGUCUUAUACGAAGAUUCCAGGGUCUCUCCUUACCCAUUCACUUAAGGGCACAUUUUACGAUAUGGGAUAAAUUAUUGGAGAGAUCUCGGAAAAUGGUAACUGAAGACCAAACUAAACCAACAGAGGAAAGUGCGUCUACCUGAUAACUGCUAAAAAUUUAAAUAUGUAUAGUAUAAAUAAAAUAGAAUUUUUAAUGUAA